AUGACCCCAGACAGUAUCUGGACAAUUUACAAAAACCAGAUAUACAGCCUUAAAAUAGAAUGUGGACUUAAAUACCCAGAAGCACUCCCCUUUGUAAGAUUUGUAACAAAAAUUAAUAUGAAUGGAGUUAAUAGUUCUAAUGAAGUGGUGGACCCAAGAGCCAUAUCAGUGCUAGCAAAAUGGCAGGAUUCCUACAGCAUCAAAGUUGUCCUGCAAGAGGUCCAGCCCCUAAUGAUGUCUAAAGAAAAUAUGAAACUCCCUCAGCCGCCCGAAAGACAGUGUUACAGCAAUUAA